GCCCCGUGACUCACACAGCUCCACAGCUACACGACUGGGCUCUCAGUGUAAAAUACUUUUCAUCAGGGACAGACAAAAGGAUUCUGUUUCAAAAUAUAAACUGCUGCAGCUUGCAAAAGAGCUCGGCAAUUUGGGAGUGACUACACAACUGCAUUUCUCUUACAAGGUUACUGACCUCGCAGAGAAGUCACCUGCUGCCAUCAUGUGGUCUUUGCUGUCUUUAACGAUAAAAUGUGAUGUAGUGAGGCCACCAGUUUUACACCUCUUCACUCCUUUUUUUCUUCGCUUGGUAAACUGGCUUGUGAAGUCUCUCUGACCUGACAUGUCUCCUGGCUGACCGAGCCUCCUGACUGGUUUAUGACCUCCGAGUCAGGGUUCAGAACAGGGGCAUCUUGAAGCAGCCUGCAGGCCCCCGUUUGCUGUUUGAGCGCUGGUUUGGGAUUCGUGGAAUGGGAAGUGUAGAGUUCCUGGACAGGAUGUGGAGUCACUGCUGUAGUGUACAGAGUCUGCAGACCCUCCACCCCCCACCCCCUUACUGACACAGAGCUGGUUUGCGGCUGCAUGAGUCCACAUCUGGAGAAGACAGGAAGCUCCUUUUGGAUAAGUCGCUGUCUCCGUCUGUGUCCCGCUUCAUAAGCAGCAGUAGAUCUAUCCCGGGUGAUGACUCACCUCUGGACUCCCCUGUCAGCCCUGCUGCUGCUGCUGCUGCUUUUAUCUGUGGCUGAACCCCUGAACAGCCCCGAGGAAAAUGAAAACGAAGUCCUGAAGCACGCAGAGGGGGAGCUCACUAAGAGUCAGGCUCAGGUGACCGAGAACGUCAUUGGAAAUCUCAGUGAAACUACACUGAGUCACACAACAACCACAUCAGCCUCCAUGACCACAGUCUCCGUGACCACCAGUCUUGGUCCUCGUUGUCAAGGAAACCAGGUGAUGUUGGAGGACGGCACAGGCUGUGGCUGUCCAUCUGGCAUGGUGAAGGCUGGAGACAACUGUACCUGCCCUGUGGGCUUCACUUUGGAGGCAGCUGCAGGGUGUAAAGAUGUUAAUGAGUGUGAAGGAGAGAGGCCAGGACCAUGUGGUCUCCAUGCCACCUGCACUAAUACUGCUGGCUCCUACUCGUGUACCUGUCUCCGCGGUUACCUGAUGGGCAUUGGAGGGUGCCAUGAUAUAGAUGAGUGUGCUCUGGCUGCAGUGACGGGCCUGCAAGCCUGUCAGGGGGAUGCUGAAUGCAGGAACAGCCCUGGCUCCUUCAUCUGCUCGUGCCCUUCGGGAUAUGUAAUGGCUGUAAAUGGACAAAGCUGUGUAGAUGUAGAUGAGUGCAGCUUCGAGGAGCAGUGUCGCCGCGAGCUGGGUAAUGUGUGUGUGAACACUCCCGGCAGCUUUGUAUGCCAGUGCCAGGCAGGCUUCAGGGCUGAGGCCCCUGCUUGUGUUGGUCCUGUGUGUCCAGACUACACCGUGUGUCAAGAUGUGGAUGAAUGUGCAGAGAAUCCUACGGCGUGUGACGGUCAGGGUGUGUGUGAGAACACGCUUGGGAGCUACAAGUGUGUUUGUCCAACAGGUUACCGGGGAAACGGCACACACUGCGAAGAUGACAACGAGUGUGCUUCAGGUGCUCACGGGUGUGACACCAACGCUCGAUGUGGCAACAUCAUUGGCUCUUACUUCUGCCAGUGCUACCAGGGCUUCAAUGGAGAUGGCCACUCUUGUUUUGACAUUGAUGAGUGUGCUGUGAACAACGGCCACUGUGAACACAACUGCUCCAAUGAGCUGGGAGGGUACAGCUGCCACUGUGCCUCAGGCUACCAGCUGGACCGGGAUGGACGCAACUGCACAGAUGUGGAUGAGUGCUUGGUGCCGAACAGGACCUGUGAACACAUUUGCGUCAACACUCAGGGGUCUUACCAGUGCUCCUGCAGGCCUGGCUACCAGCUGCACAUUGAUGGUUACACCUGUGUGGACAUCGAUGAAUGUAAACUGCAGAAUGGUGGCUGUUCUCACACCUGCAGCAACUCUCCAGGAGGACACACUUGCCAUUGCCCUCCUCCUUUGCUGCUAGGCACAAACAACCUCACCUGCAGCAAUGUUACAUCUUGCAGUCUGAGAAAUGGUGGUUGCGACCACCUAUGUACUGUGAAGGCUGAGGGCCAGGUCCAGUGUAGCUGUCGAGCAGGCUGGGAGUUGGGCGAGGACCUGAGGAGCUGUGUGGAUGUGAAUGAGUGUGGGGACUUCACAAACGGAGGCUGUGAGCAGCUCUGUGUGAACCAUCCUGGUGGGUUCAACUGCAGCUGCAGGGACGGGUAUAAAAUACGAACUGAUGACAUCACCAAGUGCCAGCCUGUGUGUGACCCUCCCUGUCUCAACUAUGGAGUGUGUGUAGGCCCAAACAGCUGUGACUGUCCUCCAGGAUACCCUGGACUCGGAUGCUCAGCCAUGUGUUCCCCACCCUGUGCCCACGGAGGCACCUGUAUGCGUUGGAACAAGUGUCUGUGUCCUCCUGGCUGGACAGGAGCAGGCUGCCACACAGCGGUGUGUGAGUUGCCCUGUGCUAAUGGUGGUCGCUGUGUGGGGCCUGAUACCUGCCAGUGUCCUUCUGACUACACUGGCCCACAGUGCCUCUUGCCCCUGUGCACUCCCGCCUGUCAGAACGGAGGAAGAUGUGUGGAUGUCAACAAAUGCACAUGUGUUGGUGGAUGGCAAGGAGCUCGUUGCCAGAUAGAGCCUGUUCACUGUCAGAAAUCUUGUGUGAACGGUGGAGUGUGUGUGGGCCUCAACAGGUGUCGCUGUGCCAAAGGAUUUACUGGAAAUGUCUGUGAAACAGCUGUGACCACCCCCUGUGUGCCGCCCUGCCAACACGGGGCCACCUGCAGUCCUCACAACACCUGUACCUGUCCAGAGGGCACUGCAGGCCUGCGCUGUGAGAGGCUGACGUGCCCUGUGGUCACCACUGUGGUCAGCAUGGCUCGAGCUGUAAGAAAGGCAUUUAGGGAGAGUUAUGUGGACCGCUGUGGACCGCUGGGAGUUCAGCUUUGCACGAAAUACAGGAUAAACCAGGCACGCGUGUAUCUGCAGGCUUACAGGGUGGGCUACAAAAUCCAGUGUCCAGAGAGGAAGGGCAGAUGAACCAGGAUGUAUGACUGCUCCUGCUCUUGAGGAAACAUCACCAACAGGACAACAUCACAAAGCAACAAACAAGAAGUGAAAUGAGACUGAGUUAGUGAGAGGGUGCUGUGGCUUCUCUGAGGACAGUUUUACCCUUAAAAGUAGCCUCUCUGUUGAAAUGAAAAAGGGGCAAGACUGUAUCAUAAAGGCUGUUUAUUUUAUAAGUAAUGUAUGCUGACAAUUAUGUUAGAACAGAAAUAUUUCUUAGUAUGUGAAAUGUAUAAUGGUUUCAUUAUUUCUCAUGUCUGUGUGUGGCAGCUGAAAGUUAUUAAAAGUUAAAUUUUUGGUCUUUUUACAAAAUAAUGCCUAUUUUCUUACAGAAGAUGUAAAACAAAAAAGAUGUAAGCAGUAUGAGCAGCGUAAACAACCCCCAUUUCCAUUGAGUUUCAAAUGAAAAUCUUUGUGCCGGGAGUCAGGCAGCGUUAAUGAUGAAAGUAUUAUUCACAUUGUGUUUAGUUGUGUUCAUCAACUUACUCACAACUCACUCUGACUCUCUCCUGGAAUUUACAGAUUUUGUUUUGACUUUUGCUGGAACCAUAAUGUAAGUAUGCAACUCAGUAGAAUAUAUGACAGAGGUCUAGUCAUUUUUAUGCACAUUAACGUACAGUUGCUACAUUUUAACUUUUUGUGUUAAUGACCAGCUUAUGUCAUCAACUCAUGCAUCCCACAAUAGCGUUUCUUGGUCUCAUCUGGUUUAUUUGUUACACUUUGACCUGCAGUGCAUGACUGGAUAUGCUUUAUCACAUAGUGCUGAAUAUAUAGUCCUGAUCUCUGCACUAUUUUCCAGCACACAGAGUUCCUUGACCUUGUUUGCCCUUUAUUCUUGUACUGUACACUCCUGUACACUGCAUUCUUUAAUAUAUAAGCAGAAAAACAGCUUCUACUAUGACCCUGAUCAGGGUUUUACAGAUGAACACAUUUUUGUCACAGAAAAAUGACUGUUAAAUCUGUUAAACUGUUAAAUAGAUAGACUGCAUCCUGGAGACGACAUAUGGAAAUUAGCUAAAUCUGGCAUAAAUGAUCUUUUCUCAUUUUGAGAUCAAUGUUUUUGUGUCCUUGCUCAAUAGAAUAAAAUUAAAUUAAAUGUAGAAAGCUAACUAUCCAAUUGGUUUUCCUGGAGUUGGUGGAGACAAGAGUGGACCUAAAGAGAGACUGUAUAUUGGACUUAGAAUCGUCAGUGGCAUAAACACGACUCCAAAUGAACUGAGUCUGUUUUACAGCUAGCUAGCUAUUAUUUUACUCUUUCAGCUGGUAAUGGUGCAGCUAAUUCUAACUAUUUCAUUAACUGAUAUUCAAUUAUACUUAAAUUAAACUUAGAAAUAAACUUCAAAUAAAUAUGCCGUCCUCUGUGGCAUGAGAGAUACAAAGAUCAUUGUUGAGAUGUGCACAUUUUACACUUUUACUACAUUCUGAAGCUGUAUUGUAUGUACAUAUCUGUGGUGUGAUAUUCCAGAUCAGACAGUCAAGACCACUUUUUAAGCUCUGAGUCGUGUCUGGGAAUUGGAUGCAAUUUUA